AUGUCGAAACGUAAUAGCGACGGAGACGUGCUCACCAACAAACUGAAUCUCGGUCUGGCAAAGCAGAAAAGCCUACUAGCUUCAUGGAUGGGAACAGAGCCAGUCUCUACUGCCCCCAACGAGACCGAAGAACAAUUCAAUGACGACGAUCUAAAGCAAGACUAUGCUCACGACAGACUUGGUGUUGGCUCUAUACUCCCCAAGGACGUUGCAGAUGGGAGUUUUACAAGACGAAUUCCAACAUCAAAGGACAAACUGCUCGUUCAAUUACUCGGUGCAAAGAAAGCAAAGGCACAUAUUGCUGCCAAGCAAGAGGCAGCAAGGCCAAAUGCGAAUGCCAAGGCCCAGCGCAAUGGGAAGCCAGUUGUUGCGAAGAAGGAUGACAGCGACGACGAAGAGGAGGGCCGAGCUGCUACGUUCAAGUCAAAGAGGAAUAGGGCGAAUCCCGAAAAGAAAGUCGCAAGGGAGAUUGACAGCGAUGAUGAGGAUGAAGAGAUGAGAGCGAAGAGACUAGGCGCGGAUAGUACCAUGGACGGCGAGGAAGCAUUGAAGAACAGCAGUGCAGAUGUUCCUGUUGAGAGUGCGCCACCAAAAGAGGGAGAGGUUGAGUCAAAAGCAGAGGAAAAGGCUGCUGAUGCUGGCGACGUCAAGACUGCCCCUAGAAAGAGCAGAGCCAAGCCAAAGAGUUUCCUCGACGAGAUCUUAGCAGAACGGUCGAAGAAGAAGAGCAAGAAGAGCGCGGUAUGA